GCGCCAGGCAGGGCGCCUGCAGCGCGGGGGCCGGAGCCACAGACGCGAGCGAGGCUCCGAGCGAACUGCAGCCGCGGACCGGCUCCGGCGGCGGGGCCCCGAGGAUGGAGGACGCCCCCGGGAGGACGCCGCCGCGCUCGGACAGCUCGUCGGAGGAGCUCAGCGCGGCCCUGCGGCCGUCCAAGGGCAUGUCGAUCUUCCUGGACAUACUGAGGAGAGCAGACAAAAAUGAUGAUGGAAAAUUGUCCUUUGAAGAAUUCAAGGCCUACUUUGCAGAUGGAGUUUUGAGUGGAGAAGAAUUACAUGAGCUCUUCCACACCAUCGAUACUCACAACACCAACAAUCUUGACACAGAAGAACUAUGUGAAUAUUUUUCUCAGCACUUGGGCGAGUAUGAAAAUGUACUAGCAGCACUUGAAGACCUAAAUCUUUCCAUCCUGAAGGCAAUGGGCAAAACAAAAAAAGACUACCAAGAGGCCUCCAAUUUGGAACAAUUUGUAACUCGGUUUUUAUUGAAGGAGACAUUGAAUCAGCUACAGUCUCUCCAGAGUUCCCUGGAAUGUGCCAUGGAAACUACUGAGGAGCAAACCCGUCAAGAAAGGCAAGGCUUGUCUGUCCCCAAAGCUCUGGCCGUGAGUGACCCGCGUUCCUCCAGGGCGGGGAAAGGAAAGCUGAGACACCAGCUUGCCCUCUGUCCACACGGUAACACGUUCCCUCUGAUUUUCCAUCGAGGCUUCUCGGAGGAAGAGAACCAGUGGAUGGCCCAGAUAAACAGGCUGCAGAAACUCAUCGACAGACUGGAAAAGAAGGAUCUUAAACUUGAGCCUCUGGAAGAAGAAGUUACUGAAAGGAACACUAAAUCUCACAUCCUGCUGGUGCAGCGUCAGAUGUCCGUGAUCGCGGAGGACGUGGCGGCCUUCCAGGCGGCGCUGAGACGCUACGCGAACGGCGCUGCCUCCCAACGCGGCUGUUUGCGUAUUUCUAUUCAGAAGCUUUCAAAUGAACCUCGCUACCUGAUAUAUGAGUUCUGGGAGGACAGUAGUGUGUGGAAUAGCCACCUUCAGACUAAUUACAGCAAGACAUUCCAAAGAAGUAACGUGGACUUCUUGGAAACUCCAGAACUCACCUCUACUAUGCUAGUUCCUGCUUCAUGGUGGACCCUGAACAACAACUAGAUGGCCCUAGACAUUUGCUUUAUCAUUCCAAGUGCAAAACGCUUACUAAGAUGUGUACUCUUCUGAAAUGUCUUCUGUAACUUUAUCUUUCUUGUGAAUUUUAGCUCAAUUUUCAAAGUUCACUACUAUUCUCAACAUUUGCUGUUUUGCUACAAUGUAACCCCCAAGCCCUUUAGUCAUAAAGUUCUAAUAUGUGAAAAAAUGUGCACUUAAAGGAACAAAAUUGUGAAAAAGCAAUUAUGAUACAGAAAAAAUAUUUAAAGUGGAAGCUUUUAGUAUAUUACUUGAUAGAGAACAGAUGUGUAGAUCUGUCAAAAACUAUAAAGUUUAAAUCGGUGUUUUGUGAUUUUUAAGUGACAGAUAUUCUGAGUGAAGUUUAUUCUUCAGUGAUGCCUACUCCAUUCCCAAGUCAUGAUCCUAUGACUAUUCACUUUAUAUUACUUAAAAAGUUAAUACAUUAUCCAAUGUGACUGGUGUCCUUAUAUGCAGAGAGAGAACGCACAAGGAUUCAGGUGCUCAGAGAAAAGGUCACAGGAGUACACAGUAAGAAGGCGGCCAAAUGCAAGCCAAGGACAGAGGCCUCAGGAGAAACCAACCCUGCCAACACCUUGAUCCUGGACUCUUAGUCUCUAGAAGAAAAUGUUUAUUGUUUCAGCUAAAAAAAGAAAAAAAACCCUAUUAAUACGUAACUUUGUGUAAAACAACCUUGGCUGUAACCUAUAUUGAUUAUAAAAUGGUUUUUCACAAGCGAGCAGUUCGGUGAGAAGGGUACCAUUUGUUAAUGGACACCAUCGUUUCAUUUUUUGGCAUAAUUCCCUGGAUGGAAAUCGAAAGUGUAGUUUUACUUUGAGAAAAUCUGGUUUAAAGUGUAUGGCAUAUAAAGAACAAUUGCCAAAUACUUUAAAAACAAAAUUUUAACCUGAGUGAACAAAGAAGAAAUAUAGAACAGGCACAGAUUUUAGGGAAAUAAUAAAAUAGUAGGGAAGGUAUUGGAUGGAAAACAUCGAUUUUCCAGUUUCAACACUGGAAUGACUACAAUCCCAGUUUCACGAGAAGAACUAAAACUAUGUACCUUAUACACUUUUCUGUGCAAGCUCAGAAAUUAAGUCUUUUUAACAGUAAAAUCUCUUCUGAUGAUAAAUGCUGCUAAUGAAAAUACAAUGUAUUUGUUACUAUGUCAUUCUGUAGUCCAAAUUCCUUUGAAACCACAGGUCUUCCAGGAAAAAAACUGUAAGGUAAGGUUUUUUUCCUUUUUUUUUUUUCCAAUCUAAAUUAUUUUUUCAUAGGAUCUACUAGACAUAGGAAAUAAAUUUUGACCUACUAUAUACACACAUAUGUAUGUAAAUAUGUGUGUGUCUUGGGACAUUUCUGAAGAUGAGAAACACUGUGAGACAAUACCUGGCUCAACUUUUAAUUUAUAUACAAAGCAAAGAAUAUUACUAGACAUGUACAAUGGUAAGCAGUUAAUAAAACAGUUGCAGUUCGCACUCUGAUUAUGUACAGUAAGAAAGGAUCAAAAGACAAACCUAGGGUACGUUUGACCUACAGACUCUUAUUGAAAACACUGGUUGUAAAUUAUUUCAAAAAUACAAAUUAUAGCCAAUCAAAACAUUGUACUGGCCAGUCCAUUUAAGUAUCAGAAUCAGAAGGUACUGGAUCCAGUCUUUGGGGAGGAGGCAGUGUGGCUAAGAGGGUUCUGCCCUCUUUACUCACAGCACCAUGUGGAAAGGCUCUUCAGAUUCCAAACUGGAAUAGGGUCUAUAUUGUAUUUUAAACAAGAAUCAAAGACCGUGAGAACAGGCAAAUAAUAAAGCAAGCCAAUUUAAUUACAUGGUAAUUCUGACCCCAGCUCUUAUAUAAGUUAUACAUGUAUUUUUGUGUGAGAGCAUCUGUGUGUGUGUGUGUGUGUGUGUGUGUGUGUGUGUGUGUGUGUGUCUCCACACACACACAGAUGCUCUCACAUAAUAUAAAGGGAAAAUAGGACCAAAAAACACUGCUAUGUAUAAAUAAAUAUUUUAAAGUAACUGAUAAAUUUAUAGGUAAUGAAGUUUUUUUUCUAUUUAAAAAAACUAUUUCUGGGGAACAAAGUCAUGAAAAGUAGGGUGCUAAAAGACCAAAAGGCGAAACCUACUUAAAGCAUUAACUGUGGCUAAGUAACCUGAAGACCAGAGAAGAAACAGGUACCGAUUUUAGGAGUUCAAAAGUUUAAGAUACACUUUCUACCAAAUGAUGGCUCUUAAAUGCCGUCCCAACAGACGGGAGAUAAGAGCAUCUAAUAGUAGGAGACUUUACACUUACCUUUAUAUCUGCAAUAUUUUUUAACACUGUGCUGGAAGAAAGUUUUCUUUGUUACAGUAACAUCCAGAGUGACAAACUGCAGGAAAUGUUUUGUACAAAAAAGUUCGAGCAGCUAAAAGUUUUAAGCCCAAAAAAUCUUCAUCCGUAUAUGUUUUAAGACAUUAUAGAAUUGAAUCUUAAUGUACCUCAAUUAUUUGCAAAUGCCUAAGUUUUCCUCUUUCGAAAUAAUUUUACUUUCCAAUUGCUCAACUGCUACUGUUCAUAUGGUCUGAAUAGCGACACACCCAGCAGCCAUUUUCCACAUUCAGUGCCACUGUUUCCAAAAUUUCAAUCUUUGCUUGUAAUUAUGAAUCUUAGACAGGGUUAUGAAAACCUAGAGAGCAAUCAUAUAUUGAAAAGAAAUGCCUAUUAAAAUUUCUCCCUCCUGUCAUUGAGAAUUAUGCAGUGAACAUCCUGAAUCAUUUCUAAGCCUCUGCAGAGAUUGUAAAGAUCCUUUCAAGUGCUUGUCGGAAAUUGCUGUGAAGCAAAACAUAAGCAACUUUAAAAACAACAAGAAAUUAUGUGCCAUAUAUACAAUGCAGCAAAUACUUUUAUAUUUGAGACUCUUUACAGCUUCCAUUUCCAUUAUUACAAGUGAUGAAAAACAAAAAAAAUUGCAAGUAGCACGCAAAAUUAUCAAGUCUUUCUAUUUCACUAAGCUCAAGUGUUCCUUCCCAAUUUGUGCAAGAAACUGCCUGCAAAGCUGAAACUGAUUAGAAAAUUCUUUAU